CUUUUCAGGAACCCUUUCUCCCUCCCCUUUCUUUAUUGAUUUACCUAUCUUAUUUUUAUCCGGCCCCUCUUCUCUCUUUCCUCUUCGAGCAGAAAGACAGAGGUGGCUUCCUUCGUUCCCUCGGUCUUAAAUACUCUUACCGCCGCCACCGACUUUCUUUCCGAGCCUACACCUAUAUCCUCCCUUCUCUUGCUUGGCUCAUCUAAGCAGAGUUCACAAUGCGUAUCGCUGCUUUGCUCCCGUGCCUGCUGGCGGCCGUUCCCGCCGUCACUGCUGCCGAACAAGGCAAAUUGGGAAUCGCCUUGGGCAACAAGAAUGUCAACGGCCAAUGCAAAACGGUCAGCGACUACGAGGCCGAUUUCGACGCCCUCAGGAAGGUGACUACGCUGGUCCGCACCUACUCCGCCAGCGACUGCGACACCGCCAAGAACAUCAUUCCUGCCGCCAAGAACAAGAAAUUCCAGGUGGUUUUGGGAGUGUGGCCCGACUAUGACGACUCCUUCAACAAGGAUUUCGGCAUCCUGAAGCAGUACGUCCACGGUAACGAGGACGUCGUCUACGGUAUCACCGUCGGUUCUGAGGUCCUGUACCGCGGAGGCCUCUCCCCCGCCAAGCUCAAGGAACGUAUCAUCCAGGUGGUGGAUGAAUUCCCCAAGGUCACCGUCGGUACGGUGGACAGCUGGAACAAGUUCGCCGACGGCACUUACGACGAUAUCAUUGCCAGCCCCAAGAUCAACUACUUCUUGGCCAAUGGCUUCGCCUACUGGCAGGGCCAGGCAAUUGACAAUGCCACCAACACCUACUUCGACGACAUGAGACAGGCCAGGAAGCGUAUCGAGAGCAAAGCUGGCAGAAAGGUCCGCUUUGGCAACGGCGAAACCGGUUGGCCUACUACUGGUGGAACUGACUACGAGAAAGCCGUGGCCAAGACCGAGUAUGCCCAGGAGUACUGGAAGAGCGCCGUCUGCGGCAUCCUCACCUGGGGUGUCGACGUCUUCUACUUCGAGGCCUUCGACGAGCCCUGGAAGCCCGUCAGCAAGGGCGACAACGGCGAGGAGAAGGAUGAGACUCACUGGGAUCUAGAUCCGUCCGUACCCUCCGCCAAUUCGGCGCAUUCUCCGCCGCCGCAUUCCAGAGACCCCUCCCGCCUACGUGACGCUUCAUAUUUGGCUGCUCCGUUGAUCUCAUCGGCCGCAUCCCCCGGAGCGUCGAGUCGUUCGGCCGCUGGCUCCCCCCGGGACCGUAGUGUCACCUCCUCCAACCCGUCGAAUUCCAUCCCGACUGUGUCGAAAUACCGUGGUGCGUGGGAUUCGUCGACGUCGUCCCCGGAGAAUAAAAAAGCGGAGAGCAGCAUCUAUUACACCACCGCCUGGGGCUCACCGUAUGCCGCACCCAGCCCUCGGAGGCUUUCGUGGUCAUUGAGUCAAUCCGCUGGCAUCGAUCGCGGUUCGGGCAUCAGUUCCCGGGCGUCCAUGCGCAGUGGUUUUUAUCACGGCUCCGAAGCAAAUCAUACCGAGUUCCUGAGACCGUCCGCCCCGGAGAGCUCGACAACGCAAUUGUACGGUGGUGACUCGACUCUCGAUCGAUCUCCGCGGCGAGACCUGUUGGGCAGGAAAGGAGGAAAGUCCAUCAAAGACUUCACUCAGGAUUGGAUCAACCAAUAUCUCUCCGGUCAGCCCAGAACCGAACGCAGCAACUGGCUCAGCGACGACUCGGGUAGCGAGGCCCCUUCGUUCUUUACAGCUCAGAACCAUUUCGCAGACGACCCGUCCGACGAUUGGCUUGCUCUAGAACAGGAUUCCCGCGACGAAGACCUCUUGAAGACCCCGACCCUGUCCGACUUUGUCAAGAGGCGAACAAUUGCGACCCACGGGGAAAAUAGUCUUGGGCGUCAACGCACGAAAGACUACCUUCACCGGAGAGCCGAUACCUUACGCCAAGAAGACUUUUGGGGCUUCGCCUACGACAAGGAUCCCCAGCCCAUCACCAUGGCCGACACAAAGGAGGGUCAACCCCCAACAAGCCACCCGGAGCCCAGCCACGCCCCGUCUCCAAACGAGAAGCCGCUUCCCCCACCCCCAGCGGAUGCCGGUAAAGAAGACAACAUCCCAGCGAAACCUGCAGAAGCCACCGAACCGAACGUGACGCAAAAUAAAGUGCCGUCAGGUCGGAAUACCUCAGCACCAGUGCCGAAGAGAAAGAAGAUACUGUGGCGCGGGAAAGCUUGCAUUAUUGGACUUCCACCGGGAGACAGAAGAGGCACGGAAGAAUCAGGCUAUCGCUUAUUGACCGUGGAGGAUGUUGAGCAGAAGCUGAAAGACUGGGAAGAGAAGGGUUACAGCGUCCGUGGAUUCGAUGUCGGCGCGCCAGAGGACAGCUCAGAAGUCACCGAGCUAGGCGGACUUAGUCGCCCGUCUUUCCCAGACACGCCCGAGAACGAAGAAGACCACCAGACAAAAGGGGGCUAUUCCGUCAAAUUCCCGAACAGGGAUGUCUGGGACUCGUACGUACGAGCCCUCCAGGAAGAGAAGUUGCGAGCUCUGGGUGUCUCUCUCGGCGAGGAGGAAAUGCAGCCCUCUGUCUCGCCGGCCAUGAGUCAGAUGGCGCCGUUCCCUGGGAUGGGCCCGUCACCACCGAUCCCGACGGCAUCUGCAGCCAGCAACCCAUUGUCCGCGCCGAACCCGUUCUCUCCUCAUUUCAACCAAUCUGCCAACAACAGCAAUGGCAUUGGUAGUCUGGCAUCCCCCGUCUCGCAUUUCGGUGUUCAAACGCCAUUCUUGGGCGUCGACCAGAAUCUCUUGCCCGGAUACCAUGUCCCCUUCCAGAAUACGCCUCCUGCUCAGGGCACCCUCACUCCUCAGAACUUCUUCAACGCCCGCCAUGCGAACAACCCCGGUCUUCCGGGUACUCUUCCAGACCUGACGUCCAUGUUGUCGCCCGUAUCACCGAUGAAUGGCCCGGGUGCUUUCCACCCGGGAUUGAACGAACAACCAGACCUACAAAAUGGCGCAUUCCACGAGCAACACAUGGACCAUCAUGUUCAGGAUAAUGCGAUGGAAGGCCAUCUAUUGCGUCCCGUUCACACCCCUACAGAAAAUAUGGACAACUUCCACGCCUCGACAGUUGAAAUCGCUCAACCCACACCACGCGGGAGCCAUAGCCGCGGUCACAACCUGAGCGAAACGCUCCAGAAGGGACUUGAUCAGAUCGCCCAGUCCGACUAUCAUCUGGAGGAGUCAAUUGAGAGGCAGCUUGAGGAGGGUGACCAUGAGCCGGCUCACAACUUUGGUGCCCCAGGAUUGAUGCACUCGCAGUGGGCUCUGCCAGAGAACAACAACCGUGACAUUCAGCACCUUCCUCAGCACGUGCAUCAAUUCUACGGCGGGGGAUAUUCUGGCCACAAUGCUCAAGAGGGAUCCGAUAUCGAUACGAACCCCAGUCUCUCCGGCACUCCUCGCAGGCAUAAUCCACUUGCCAGUCACAUUCCCUGGCACUCAUCGAAACCCAGUGGUGGGUCGUAUCCCGGCCACCGCUCGAAAUUGUCAUCGUCUACGCUUAAUGUCGACGCAAAGGAAUUCGACCCGACGGCAUCGACGGCGUCGCAGCAUUUCCCGUUCCAGAACAACUCUUUCCAGUUCCCCAACGCCGGUCACGAUGUGUUCACCUUCGGCUCAGGGCCCGGAUUCAAGCCCCCUGUCAACUCGUUCGAUGCGCCCCCAGCUCCUUUCUCCGCGAGUGGCUCUCACCGUAUGGGCAACAAUGCCGGAUCCGGUGAAUUCAAUUUCUCCUCACCUUCGUUCAAUGUUGCGGCUCCCGUCUUCAACCCGGCCGCCAGCGUCUAUUCCGCCGGGUCCGAGCAGCCUGCUAACAGCAGAACCAAGAUCUUUGACGACGCGGAUAUUUCGCAGGCCUCCAAAUCUGCCAAGAAGUCCAAGGCCAUUCCCAUCGUUCGACCUGAUGACAGUACGCCCGAGAAGAGAGACCGGGAUGAGAAGGCGCCGAGUGGAAAAUCGUCGGACCGUCAUAAACGUGCCCGUCGUGGCGAUGCGCCUUCUGACGAGGAGGCUCCAUUCAGUCCGGGCCAUGCUCUCACGGAGUCCAAUGCUCAGCGAUCCCAGAUCCCUCACGCUCCUGCUGUAGCCGCCGAGGGCAAGGAGAAUGCAGCUCCCAAGAAUGAAGCGGGCACAUUGCCUGUGUCUGCUCAUCUCGGAAAGCCUGAGGAGCGUAAGGACACUCCGGUGAGUGAGGCUUCAACAUGGGCGCCUUCCGGCACCAAGGAAGAGGCAGCAACUGGAGCCCAGGAAUCCGAUGUGAAGGCAACUAAGCAAGAAGACGCUACAGCCGCUCCUGUACAGGCACAGCAACAGGAAGCUCCCAAGGAACAGCCCGCGAAGAAGGAUUGGAGGACCGCGUUAUUCGGGUCGAAGAAAACCUUCACCUUCAAGCCUUCUGUGGCAGAAUUCAUACCAUUUACAGUGGAUCAGCCGAAAUCUGCGCCUGAGCCGCCGAAGAAGAACGACCUUGCGGCUUCUGUUCACGCUGUCGCAAGCCCUCCGCCCUCGCCAAAGCGCGAGACCCCGCCACCUGAGCCGGUGCAGCCGGUGCAACCCGUACAGCCCAAGACCGAUAAAGAUGAGCAGCCGGAGCGGGUUACCAAGUCUGACUCCGACGCCGACUCGCCCGACGAGGAUGAGCUCAACGCUAUCAUGGAGCAACUCAAUGAAUCCGACGCUGGAAUCGAAAGGGUCAACACCCCCCAGACUGCUGCGAACCGCGGUCCCCAGACAGCAGCGCCCGGACCUUCGAAAGAGAAACGACACGGUCCUGCGGGCAAUAGAAGCGACCCGCCCAGCCCGAGCCCCGGACGAGGACUUGUCUCGCACGCAUUGGAUGUCCCGAAACUGGAUUUCGAUGCCCAGUCUCAUUUCGCGGCUACUCCUUCGAAGGGCUUUGCGUCCGGCAUGCCAUCGCCCAUCCGGAAACUCAUCAGCCAGAACGAUCAGAUCAGCGACUGGGAUGACGUGAUCACGUCCGGUGAGGAAGAAAAGCUGGAGCAUCGGAGCAAAUUCUUUGAUCGUCGUAUUAACGAUCUCGUUGGAUCUGUGGUCGACGAUCGGCUGUCCCCGCUUGAGCGUGCUCUCAGCGCUAUUCAGCAGUCCGUCUCAGCGAUCACCCUGUCGACUCAGAACAAGUUGACGUGGAGAAGCACGUCCGCCGAAGGGGAGGAGAGCGACGCCGACGACGAGGAUGACGAGUACGAUGACAAUGCAUCCUACCGAGAACGGUCUCCUCACCCCAGAGAUCGCAAGCUUGAUCGGUUGAAGAACGUCAUUCUGGAGGUACUAGCCCAGCGUGACACGCAGGAGCCCGCAGAGAAGCCCGAAAACACCGAGCUGGUGCAGCUCCGCGACAGCGUCGCCGAAUUGCAAGCUAUGACCACCGAGAAACUGGCCCACGACCCCACCGCCGGCCUGCGAGAAAUGCUCCAGGAGGUGGUUGCGAACCAGUUCAGCGUGCAAAAUGCUCGCCCGUCCGACGCUGACGAGAUUGGCGCCGACAGCCUGAUGCUCCAGAUUGACGGUCUGAAGAACAUGCUGAGACUGACCGAUGAAAGGGCGGAACAGGAGUACAAACUGCGCAGAGAAGCGCAGGACUCCAUGGCCGAGCUUCAGCGACUGCUGAAGGACGUUGAAGACGAUGCCGCUCGCCACAGUGGAGCUGCGGAGUCUGCCGAAGCUCGCUUCCUCCAGUUCAAGGAAGAGAAGAUUCCCUACUUCGAAAAGGUUCAGUUCCGGGCCGAUUCGCUGGAGCAGGAGCAUGCCAAGCUCAAGCUGACCUUGGCUGAAAUCUCCUCGAAGAACAUUGAACUCGAGGGCACCUUGGACGAAUACCGCGUGUCUAGCGAUAACUGGAAGCGUGACAGCGAGCGGUCGAAGGGUGAACUCGAGGAAGUCAAGGAGGAGAACAAGAGCCUGCGUGGCUCCAUCGAUCAUCUCAAGACCCGCAUUGAAGACGGCAUGAGCAUCCGGCACAACCUCAGUGAGAAACUGGAUCGCCUUCAGGACGAAAUGGCCACGGCCAGCGGUGAUAUUGCUCGUGAGCAGGCUAACUGGCGCCGACGGGAGGAGGAGCACGUUGCCCGGUAUAACGAACUCAAGGCGGCUUACAGCCGAGAGCAGAAGCUCCGCGAGAAGCUCGAGGUGGAUAUCAGCGAGCUUGAGCAGCAGGAGCGGGAGGCAGCCAAACUGAAGUUCAUCUUCGGGCAAUCCCAGCAAGAGAACGCCAGGCUGGAAGAGCUGGUCGCCAACCUGCGGGUCGAAAACCACGACAUGGAACUCAAGGCGGCCCGUUUCGAGCGCGAGUUCAACGAGGCCCGCGAGAGCAGCCGGGUCGAGAUCCAACGCACCCGGACCUCCAUGGAGGCCGAUGUUGAAGCGGCUAAUAGCCAGGUCAACAUUGUCCGCGCCGAGUUGGAGGCGCAGAUUCUCCGCCUGCAGAGCCAGAUGGACAACGUGCGACUGAACAACGACACCGAACGGGAACGCUACGAAAUGCUGCUGGAGGAGGCCACCGAGACCAAGGCCACCGCCCUAGCUGCGGCGGCUGAAUCGCGGGAAAUGGCCGUGGAAGAACAGCGCAGUAUGCAUGAGCGCGUCCUCAAUGACCUGCGGGAGCGCCACGCCCGUGCCCUGCACAACUCGUCCGAGGACCGACAGCGCGCCGAGUCCCAUCUGGUGGAGAAGUUGGAGUUGUCGGAUGACAAGGUUCACCAUCUGCAGGAUCGCGUCCAGCACCUGGAAGACAAGCUGGAAAUCGCCCAGUCGGCGGCUCGUGCCGCUGCGGAAGCUGCCCAGAUGGCCAAGACCGGACCUACUUCCGCGCCUAUUCCCACGAUGCCCGUCAACACCCCGUCCAUGUCGUUCAACGGAUCUAUGGUCCCCGAGAAGAUCUCCCCACAGGCCCUGCGCGAGUCUAUUCUUGUGCUCCAGGACCAACUGCAGCAGCGUGAGGGUCGUAUUGACGAGCUCGAGCAAGAAGUUGCCUCUGUGGAUAAGGAUGCUCCUAACAAGCUGAAAGAGAAGGAUACGGAGAUCAACUGGCUCCGCGAACUGCUUGGAGUCCGCAUCGACGAUCUCCAGGACAUUGUCAACACCGUGUCGCAGCCCUCGUUCGACCACAACGCUGUCCGAGACGCUGCCAUCCGUCUGAAGGCCAACCUGCAGAUGCAGCAACAGGAGAAAGAAAGGGCUGCGUCAGGACAGGGUCUUCCCAGCCUUCCGUCGCUUUCCGAGAUCCGGGCAUCCCCUCGAGCACUCCCUCUCGCAGCGGCUGCAGCAUGGGGCAGUUGGCGCAAGGCCCGUGAGGGGACCAACAGCAACACCUCCAACCACACGCCCUCCAAGCCGAGUCACGCGACUGCUUUUCUAUCCGGUCUCCUGACGCCGCCCAACUCCAACCGACAGGGUCUCAAUGCAUCCGCAUCUGGCGCGAGACGGUCGUCGGAGAGUCGCCCGCUCAGGAGCGUCAACAGCACGCCUCGACCGCUGUCCUCGCGGGCAGCUGGCAAGAUGCGCGAGCCUCCAAGCACGCCCCCUCUUCUCCGAAGGUCCAGUUAUGACCACGAUGCAGAGCCCACCGACUACGAUGACACCUACGGAGAGGCCUAUGGAGAGGGCUCUCCGGGGGGAGAAAAUGAAAGUACAGCCGAUGGAUUGGUCUCUGCGUCUCCACGGGAUACCAACGAUGGGCCAUUUGGACCGCAAAUAACCGCAUAGACAGAUUUCCUUUUUCUUUUUUUUUUCAUAUCUCCUUUCUAUCUCAGCAGAUACCUUAGCAUUUGAAAUUCUUUUUGAGACUGAAUCGUUUUGACUUGUGACAUUAUGCUGUUUCCCCAGUUACUCCUCUCUUUUAAUCCGAUAGUUUCAAUUGGUACUUCAGACUGUUUUUUGCCCUUCUUGUAUGUGAUAGUGGAUACUUUUUUUUCUUCCAUCUGAUACCAUUGUCUCAUCGCGUUUGUACAAACCGUGCGUUACAUAUUGAUUUAACUUGUCAUUCUUUUGAUUUCUACUUCCUACUUUCCAUUGUGUCAUUGGUAUUUAUUUUCUUCUUUCAACGUCGAGGUUCGAUGUGUUUCUUUAUUCAGAUUGGUGCCUUCCCCGGUCUUUCUUUUAUUUUGGCUUUGCUGUUGGUUUUCUUCUUUCUUCUUUGCCGUGGUGCUAUGUAGAUACCCU